AUGCUUGGAUGCUUUAGCAAUGGUCGAUCUAUGGGCUCAUCACCAACAAUAUCAACGACUUUACUUUCGGAAAGAUUUCUCAAAGGUACCAAUUCUUCAGCAUCUACGGGCACCGCUGAUCGAAGUACACCAACCAUUAAUGACGAUCAAUCGAAACCAAGAGCUCAUACACCGAUUCCAAUAACGAUUUCGAAAUCGGCUUCAUGCUUGCGUCCAGAAAUUGCAACGAAACCAAAAUUAAUAACUAUUUUUCAAAAUUUACGCGAUAAAAAUAAAAAUCUCAAAGCAAAUAAUACGGCGAUAAGUGCAAAUUCAGAUAUGAAUUUUGUUAAUAAACCGAAAAACGGUCCUGAUGAAAUCGCUGAAAUUGCUUGGCGGUUAAAAAAUUUAGCGAAAUCACGAAUUGAUAAUACAUCCGCUAUAACAAAAUCAGAGAACCGUAUUCAAGUACAACAUUCAUCUCCGUUAAACACUGCGAUCUGUGAUCAAAACAUAGCGCGGAUAAGUAAUUCAUCAAACGAUUCAGACUCUGAUAGCAUUGUUUUACAUGCUGCACCUGUGUCGGAUUCUAGCAAUCUUCUUUUAAAUACAACUUUGCUAGAAGAUGGCAAUACUUCAUCUCCAUCAUCUUCAGGAAUUGUUGCUGAUUUAAACGAUUCGAAUACGGAUAGCAAUCAGAGAGCGUCUGCAACUUCAUCAAUUUCUGCUAGCUCAUCAUACGAGCAGUCAUCGGAUUUGAAUGAGCCAGGCUACGAUACACCUCGAGCUCCAUCAGAGACCAAUAAUGAUCAUCAACCACAUUUUCACGAUUCAGUGACCACUUCAAGAAAUCCCAGAUUGCAACAGAAGAGUUCAUCAGCUCUUCAUAAUCUUUUCACUGAACUCAGUUUGAAUAAUCGUUGGAGGAAGAAUCCGGAAACGGCUUUCAAUUACUCAUUAAAUUUGGAUAAUCGGCCAAGUUGGGGAAAAAGAUUUGAAAGAAGUCCGUCGACAGCGCCCGAAGGCUUUUAUGGUACUUUAAGGUUUGACGUUGAUGAAAACCGAGGUAAACGUGAAAUUAGUGUUGCACCGGAACUGUUAUCGAUGAGUAAAUAUAAAGAUUGUAAUAAUUGUGAUGAUGAAGCGUUGUCGAGGAAGAGAAUCGUUUGCGCAAAACUUUCUGAAAACUUUCGACUUAUUGAUAUCGCCGUUAAAAAAAUGAACGAGUGCACAGCACCUCGAGCUUGGCGUCAACCACAUAUUCUGCAAAGACAUUUGCCUGAUAUUAAAGAUAUUGUCCAUAAUAUAUCAUUUGCCACAAAUUCCUUCAUGGAUGCGAUUUAUCUUAUUGCGAUUGAUACAAGCAAUUCAAAAUCAGAUGAUCUUCGACAGCUUUCUGCACCACUUCGUAAUUCCCAGAUGUUAAUCAAUCAACUGAAACAAAAUCUUGACAAUACGGGUUGGACACUUGCGACUUUAUCACGGCCACGGACGCUACAUGGACCGGCCCCAGGCAACGACGCUUUAGAUCAGUUUAUUGCAGUUGUUAAACAAUUGCCGAACGAUUGCUACAAAAUCCUCCAAUGGACGUUAUCACUUUCUCCAUCUGCAACAGUGCUUUUUUUAUCGUCGAAACCAUUUGAAAGAAAUGAUCAAUUAUCUCAUUUCCAUCGGAAUGGUUUACCGAGUAUCCCAGUCGACGAUCCCAAAAGAUACUCCUCACUGUCGUCUACUUCCACUUCAACAAAUAUGACAGUGAGCUCUGAUGAUAUUCUGCCAUCGGCUUCGGCAGCCAAUAAAUUACUACACAAUCAGAUGGGAUCAGCGAAUCUGUAUUCAUUGCGAGUUGGAGAAAAUAGGCCGAUUAAUACAGAAACGGUAUAUUCAAGAAAUAGCUCGAAUGGUACUCGUGUAAAUAGUUCUGUCUCAGAAGGUCGUGUAAUGGAAGAAGAUGACCUGGAGUCGAUUUUGAGUGAUCGAGAAAGCAUAAGUCAGGAUUAUGCGAUUGUUGGUGAAGACACCCAAUUAAAACAAAGGCGUAGGCCGACGACAAAUGUCCCUCCAACGCAGCAAAUUGAUACCAAAAUUAUCGCAUCGCUUUCUGAUGACGAUCGACAGUUGCUAAGGUUUUAUUCACCGCAAAUGGAUGGCCACACGGAUUUUUUAUCGAAAGCCAUAGAAGAAUUCUUAAACGUUGUUGAGGAGCAACAGCCACCGAGAGAAUUCGUGCAAAAAGGCAAAUUGGUACCUUCUUUGGUUAUUCUUGCUGCUCAUAAGCUUAUCUAUAUUGGUGAUAGCAUUUCCCAGUGCAUUGGAUCUGUUCCACUAAGUAGUGAAAUUAGGCGAGCAGCUGAUCGCCUUUGUUGUAUACUCAAGAACUGUGUUCAGACUACAAAACAAGCGGCUGAUGAAUAUCCCUCGGUUUCGGCCAUUCAGUCGAUGGUUGACUGUAUUGUAACCGUCUCUCAUGCAGCUCAUGAUCUAAAAUUACUUGUAAAACAAUGUUGUUGCUAA